AUGGUCAGCGUAUUAUACGAAACACUCAGAGAUUUCUGGCCACCAGCUCCAAAGUACUUGCCAGAACAGUACCCAGAUUUGACUGGAAAAACUGUAGCCAUCACUGGGACUUCUGCUGGUAUUGGGUUUCAGACUACUAAAUUAUUAUUAAAGCAGAAUGCUACAGUUUUUACUUUCAACAGAAAUCCUACCAAGACUUCUGAAUCUUUCGAACAGUUGAUUAAAGAGAUCUCUGAAGAAACGAAGGCUAAUCCUCAAGACAUAAGUGCAAGGUUGCACUCUGUCAUCAUUGAUUUGAGCGAUUUGACUACUAUAAAGUCGGUGCAAAGCCAAUUGAAAAAUUUGAAUUUGACGAAACUUGAUUAUACAAUCUUCAAUGCAGGUGUGAUGACACCUCCAAAUGGUUCGAAAAGUGCCCAAGGUUAUGAAUUACAGAUCGGUACAAAUGUAUUGGGACAUCAUUUACUUGUAAAGUUUCUUCAGCCAUAUAUAAUAAGAGCAGUCAGUCCUAAUUUUCAACCUCGUGUUAUUUGGUUGACAUCUGCAGCCCAUCUUCACUCUCAUCCUAAUGGGGGAAUCAAAUUUGAUUCUUUCCACAACGCUGACAAAAGUUCUUCUGGAGCUGUAUACGGCCAAUCAAAAACCGGAAAUAUUUACCAAGCAGCAAUCUAUGGCCAAAAAUAUAAAGCUAAAGGCAUCAUUAGUUUGGCUGUACAUCCAGGUUAUUUAGCUUCCGACUUGGCAAGGUCUUUACCUUCUGUUGUCCAAAAGGUUAUGGGGUUAUUAUUGUCCCCUCCAGUCUAUGGAUCGUACACUGAAUUAUUUGCAACUUUACAUCCAGGGAUUACUGUUGAGCAAAAUGGUAGUUAUAUUGGUCCUUGGGGAAACUUCAGGUCUUUGAGAGAAGAUAUCAAAGAAGGUUUAACAAAUGGUACGGCUCAAAAAUUGUGGGACUGGGCAGAUGAGCAAGUUGAGCCAUUUCUUUAG